AUGUUCAAAGUGGUCAACCGUUCCAGAUCUAUGAAGAGCAUGAGGAGUGGUGGAGGGGCCCCCGGUGGUACGCAGACGCACGGCCCAGAGUCGCCCGUCCUGGGGUCGCCGGGUCUUGUGUCAAGUUUCCAACAGACCAAGGAAGACUCGAGCGUUUCUCAAAACGUGGUCGUGCCCUUCGCAGAGGACGCUGCCACCGCCGCCGCCGCCGCCGCCGUUGCUGCCGUUGAAACUCGCAACACAUACCGCCAUCGCCCUCUACCCACACCUCCUCGUUCCAAGGCUUCUUCGACCAUGGCUGAGCGGCCCAGCACUAGUGGAGGUCUCUCGCCUCAUAACUACAGCACCACCAGCUUCAGGACCUUUGAUAGACGCAUGUCCAAGGAUGACAUGUAUAUCAGGCCUCACUCUUCGGCUCGAGGAGGUUACAAGUCGUACCACAUCCCCAUACGGGACAACCCAGCGUCUCCGUUAGAGAGUCCCGGCGACUUCUCAUACGACUUCUCACCAGCGCGUACAUUCACUGUCAGGACACAGACACCAGACUCCAUGGACAGCAACAUGGGAACCAUUGCAAUAGGCAUGGCAAUAGGGAGUCCGACGCACCCCCCGCCCGAGUUCACUGCGUCCCGCGAGUUCCUCGCAACACCGAUCCCCGCACCAAGAAACGAGUGGCAACCGCAGGCAUCCAGCAUGAGCACCAGCAUGGUCGUCAGGGCCUCGCCAGAACCGCCGCAAGAAGCCCCGGAACCUGUGCCGCCACCGAAGCAGAAAUCGGGUAGAUGGAAAUUGUUUGGGCGUUCCAAGAGCAAGAGACUUGCGUCGUCCCCAGUUGCCAUCUCCCAGCCCAUGAACCUCCAACAGUCUGCAGCCAACAGGACCGACUUUGACAUUUCACAGACCAACAAACAGUCCGGUGACUUGGGAAGACGGAACACAGAGAGGAAGCCCGCAGACAGCAAGCCAGCAAUGAUGCGCUCACAGACAGCAGGCCCGGUAGCGCCGCCAAGUCCUAGAGACUCCAAGGCUCCCAAACUAUUGAGCCGGAUGGCAUCCACGCGAUCAACACGGAGUGUCAAGAAGUCCGACAUCUCAGCACCGGUGCACGUGUCGAUGGGGGUGCCGGCGUUGCCGCCAAAGCCUUCGGGUGGGUUUUUGGAUGUCGAGAUCCCUAGUAUCACAAUGGAGCGUUACAGUGUCAUGUUCGGCAACGUCUUGGGGCAGCCGCAAGGGUCGGAAGAUUCCAUGUUCGGACAGCAGCCAUCGCAGCCGUCAUCAUCUCUUUUGGCGAGGCGGCAGGCCACGCUGGACAGGUUGAAGACGGUCAACGCCAAGGCCACGAAGGAAGAUGAGGAAAGGGAGCGCACCAGGAGCCGCAGAGCAACAUCACCACAACCGCUCAAGUCGCCGGCGUUUUCGCUGUCAUUAUUUCCAGCAACUCCUUCGGAGUCGGCGAACAACCCUCCUCAGUCGCCCCGAUACCGCUCGAACACCUCGCCCGCCUUCCUCGCGUCCCCGCAAAGGGCAAGCUUCGAACAUGCAGAAACGCACAGAGAGGCCACACGGGGGAAGACGCCAUCGCCUGGGAUUGUAAGCCAUCUCAGGCCCCAUCGACCGCAGGAGCCCCCCGCGCCCGACUUCGUCUUCGGCCCCGAGCAGUCGGGCCUCGUGCUAGAGUCGCCUGCAGGCGACGACGAAUCCGAGGAGAUCCAUUUGACAGAGCAGCUGAAGCCGACCAUCUACGAGCCCGCGUGGCAGAUGAUGACGCCGGCCGACUCGACCGCCCCAUCGAGCACCGCGCCCAGCGCAAAGGACCACUCUCCCGCGUCGGCGUCAUCGGUCCAGACACACGUCACGAAGCCGUCUUUCGACGGAUCGGAACCCGACGACGCCCUCCGCGCCGCCGUCGAGAUCUCCAUCGCGAGGCAGAUCAGCAUCUCGCGGCAGCAGCGCCGGAUGCUCCGUCCCCUGAAAACCAACGCCAUCCGAGUCGGUGGCGGUGGCGGCGGCGGCGGAGGCAGUCCCGGCGCUAGGAGCCCCGUCGCGACCAUCACCGUCGGCAAAAACGAACGGCUGUCGUCGACCAAGAGCGCCACGCCGACGCUCAUCAGUCCCGGCGAGACAUUCGAGCAGCAGAUUGCGCAGAACCGCAAGAGCGAGCGCAUCAUUCUCGAGGGCGAGUACGCGUAA